CUCUCCUCAUUUGUGAUACUCGUGUGCCGUUGAGAUCGUCUUGUGGUGUAAAGGAAGGCAACUCGACAGCCGCCAUGCCUCCCAAAAAGACACCGUUGGGUCCUGCUUCUACGCCCUCAUUGAAGAAGUCACAAUCCUCGGGCUCCGGCCAGAAGACGCUCCUCGGCUUCUUCCAACGGACACCAUCCACAGGCUCAUCCCCUGCACUUCCCUCUCGGCAGUCCACUGCAACGCCUGGCCUACAGAAGGACCGGGAGAGGUCUACGGCGGCUUAUUCGACCUCGUCGUUGACACCAAUUCCGAGUAGUGAUGGUCCGGAGCCAGAGUUGGACAAGGACAAGGGCGAUGAUGUUCGGACGAGUCCGCCUCCUGCCAAAGGUCUGCCAUCGCCAGUCUCAGCUGAUGAAAGGCAGACUAAUGGAGUAGGCGAUUCUAGUGCGAGGGGAACGCCGUCACGCAGGGCAAAGAAGAUCAUCAACUAUAUCGAGUCCGAUAGUGAAGGUACCGAUGGCGAUGACGUUUUCAAACCUAAAGCUGCAGUGCGUUCGAGACCUGUAAAACGGAGAAGGCUGUCAGAUAGUGCCGACGAAGAUGUUUAUCAGCAGGAGAACGAGGUGGCACAAAGUGAAGAUGAUAUGGACGAUUUCAUAGUCCCCGACGACUCAGACGAUGAUGUUCGGCGACCUGUCAAACGCAAACGACCCUCGAAGCCGGUUGCACGAAAGACCUCUUCACACUUUACACCCGUCGAAGAUGAAGUGGACGAACCAGUGGAUGUUGCCUUUGAUGCGGAUAUGGAUCUCCCAGAAGGUUCAACCGCUCAGAAAUGGACUUACGACCCCGAGAACCCCCAGCCAUUACAGCUGAGACCGAGCAACAUCCCUUCGAAGAAGCCUGGUAAACAAAAGGCCCAUAUGACGGAACCAGAACAGCGGCACGCGUGGUUGGAGGAUGUCAGGGAUAUGGAUAGGAACCCUCCCGGCCAUCCUGACUACGACCCGCGAACAUUGUACAUCCCUCCCAUGGCUUGGGCGAAAUUCUCGCCAUUCGAGAAGCAGUACUGGGAGAUCAAGCAGAAGUUCUGGGACACCAUUGUCUUCUUCAAGAAGGGAAAGUUCUAUGAACUCUACGAAAAUGAUGCCACCAUAGGUCAUCAGUUAUUCGAUCUGAAGCUUACUGACCGUGUCAAUAUGCGCAUGGUAGGCGUUCCGGAAUCGAGUUUGGGGCUGUGGGCGAACCAAUUCGUGGCCAAGGGCUUCAAGAUUGCACGAGUCGAUCAGCAAGAAAGCAAACUGGCAAAGGACAUGAGGGAACGGGCCGAAAAGGAUGCAAGCGAGGAUUCGAUGAGCGGCUUUGGCGGCCGAAAGGGUGCAUCUAAAUGGGCAAAAGGAGGUAGCGCAGCGAGCAAGAAGGACGACAAGGUCAUCAAGAGAGAACUGGCCUGUGUUCUCACCGCAGGCACCUUGGUCGACGGUACUAUGUUGCAGGACGAUAUGGCAACGUAUUGUGUUGCAAUCAAGGAAGCGGAAGUCGACGGCUUACCUUCGUUCGGCGUGGCGUUUGUGGACACGGCUACCGGUCACUUUCACAUCGCAGAAUGGAUCGACGAUGCGGAUCUGACCCGAUUCGAGACCUUCGUUGCUCAGACAAGACCUCAAGAGCUACUGCUCGAGAAAGGGGGCAUUUCUACCAAGACGCUACGAAUUCUCAAGAACAAUACUGGACUGACCACCAUAUGGAACUAUCUGAAACCUGGCAAAGAAUUCUGGGAAGGCCAUAUCACUGCCAAGGAAAUCGAAGCCUGUGAUUACUUCCCAAUGGACUGGCCGGAGGUCCUUCAACAAGCGAGAGAGAAAGAUCUGCUCAUGUCUGCUCUCGGUGCCUUGAUUCAGUACUUGAGGACCCUCAAAAUUGAACGGGAACUCGUCACCCUAGGCAAUUUCACUUGGUACGACCCUAUCCGCAAAGCAGGCAGCCUCGUACUGGAUGGCCAGACAUUGAUCAACCUGGAAGUCUUCGCCAACUCUUACGAUGGAGGUCCUGAAGGCACCCUGUUCCAGCUCCUGAACCGGUGCAUCACUCCUUUUGGCAAGCGAAUGUUCAAGCAGUGGGUGUGCCACCCGUUGAUGGACACAAAGAAAAUAAACGCUCGGCUGGACGCUGUCGAUUCUCUGAACGCUGAUACCAAGGUGCGAGACCGCUUCACGUCACAAAUGUCCAAGAUGCCUGACUUGGAACGAUUGAUCUCUCGUGUCCAUGCUGGAGCAUGCAGAGUUCAAGAUUUCGUCAGUGUUCUGGAGGGAUUCGAGCAGAUUGAUCACACCAUGUCUUUACUGCGAGAUGGAUCAGGAAGGCCACAAGAUGCCGAGGGCGUCAUUGGUCAGCUCAUUUCUGCCAUGCCAGACCUUGAAUCUCGUUUGAAAUACUGGACGGAUGCCUUUGACCGCUCAAAAGCCAAGGAAACAGGCGUUCUGGUGCCUGAGCGCGGCUUCGAGGAAGACUUUGACAAUUCACACGACUUGAUCGAAGAGAUCCAACAGGAAUUUAACGUACUCCUUCGAAAAUGGCGGAAAGAACUAGGCUCUUCUGCGAUUUGCUACCGCGACAACGGUAAAGAGAUUAUGCAGCUGGAAGUUCCCACCAAAGUUAAAGGCAUCCCCAAGAACUGGGAUCAAAUGUCUGCUACGCAGGCAGUGAAGCGCUACUACUUUCCAGAGCUGCGGGCUCUUGUUCGGAAACUCCAAGAAGCUCAGGAAACUCACGCUCAGAUAUCCAAGGAAGUUACUCGCCGUUUCCAAGCUCGCUUCGACGAGAAUUACGAGAUCUGGCUGGCUGCUGUCAAGGUCAUCGCCCAGCUUGACUGUUUGAUCUCGUUGGCAAAGGCCAGCGCGAGCUUGGGCUAUCCAAGCUGCCGACCGGAAUUUGUCGAUGACGACGACCAUACACGUUCGACUCUUGAACUCGUCGAGCUUCGUCAUCCAUGUCUCCUAGCCAAGGUUGACAACUUCAUUCCCAACGACGUUGUUUUGGGCGGAGACGAGGCCAAUAUCAGUCUGCUCACGGGGGCAAACGCAGCGGGCAAAUCUACGGUGCUCCGAAUGACUUGCAUCGCAGUCAUCAUGGCGCAGGUUGGCUGUUACCUUCCAUGUCAAUCUGCACGGCUCACUCCAUUUGACCGGAUCAUGUCCCGUCUCGGUGCCCAAGAUCACAUUUUCGCCGCCCAGUCGACCUUUUUCGUCGAGCUUGCCGAGACCAAGAAGAUUCUCUCCGAAGCGUCUCCCCGCAGCUUGGUCAUUCUCGACGAACUUGGCCGCGGCACAUCGUCGCACGACGGCGUUUCCGUGGCCCAGGCCGUCCUUCACCACCUGGCCUCGCACGUUGGGUGUUUGGGAUUCUUUGCGACCCACUACCAUUCGCUCUCUGCGGAGUUUAAGGGACACCCGCAGAUCAUUCCACAGCGGAUGAGCAUCCUGGUCGACGACGAAAACAGGCGCGUCACGUUCUUGUACAAGCUCGAAUCGGGCACGGCCGAAGGCAGCUUCGGUAUGCAUUGUGCAAGCAUGUGUGGCAUUGCCCCCGGCAUCGUGGACCGAGCGGAGGAGGCGGCCAAGCAGUGGGAGUACACCAGCCUCAUGGCCCGGCGGUUGAAGGGCGGCGCAGGCACGGAGGACGGCGAGGACGGCCAGGGCAAAGAGAGAGAAGUCCCGUUGGGAUUGUUGAGUGACUUGGCCUGGAUGUUGAACGAGGAACGCGGUGGUGAGAUUUGUGACGGUGGGAUCGAUGCUCUCGUCAAGUGUAUCGAAGCUUUGUGAGGGCGUCGAUUCGUUGACAAGCGUAUCGAAAGCCUUGUGAGGGAGUCGAUCUGGGUUUUGUUUGAUGGGGGGACUUGUGUGUGUGUGUGUGUGUUCUGUACGGUACCACAAAAAGACUUUUUUGUUUUAUCUUUCUGAUGGCGUUUCUGGUGGUGUUGUUGGGUCGGCCGUGGUGGAAAGGAGGGCUACCGCUCUUACUUGUUUGAAGGAUUUUUGUCACUUUAGCCCACCAUCCAAGUCCUCCGUAGAGGUGUUUUUGUGGUAGGGCGAGUUUUGCUUUGCCUGCUGAUUCUGGAGCCCUUCCCGACCGAGUCCACAUGAACAAGACCUACCUCGUGUGAUUUGAUUGGGUGUGUAGACGGAUGAAACGAUUC